AUGAAGCUAUUUGCGUCUAAGAACUUGGAUACCAUCGAAUAUUCGCCACUUUUGUAUGGAAAAUGGAGUGUUUCGUUCAAUAAUAUUGUGUCUGAAAACGAUUAUCAGUUUGAUUUUGACAAGAACGACGUCAUGGUGUUUUUGCACAUUCAGAAGACAGCCGGAACAUCGUUUGAGAGGUUUCUAGUCAAUCAUCUCAACAUCUCACGACCUUGUUUAUGCAAAACAGAUAACCAAUGUAAUGGUGAGAAGAAGUGUAGGAAAUGCAAAUGUGCCCGACCACGAAGUAGCAAUGAAUACUGGUUGUUUUCUCGAUACUCCACUGGAUGGGUAUGUGGUCUGCACGCAGAUUACACGGAACUUGUAGUAUCGCAUUGUGUGGAUAAGGCAAUGGAUAAGGUGGAAGGUAUGCUUUUUAAAUAAUUUUUUAUAAGUUUAGGUACUUGCGAACUGUUAGUAAAGUGUUUUGAAGUUAUUUACGGUUUUUUAAAUUUUCUUAGCUUGCAUUUAUCGAAAACAAUGGUUUUAGGUACCCACAGACUUCGGCGCUACUACUACACAACUUUUCUAAGGGAUCCAGUAGCUCGUUUUAUAUCAGAAUACCGUCAUGUCGAACGUGGAGCAACUUGGAACAAGUCCAGGCACAUUUGCAACAACCGAGCCCCUCUUCCUGUUGAAUUACCUUGGUGUUAUGAUCCUGAAAUCGGGUGGAAUAAUGUGACAUUGGACGAGUUCCUAUCUUGUCCUUACAAUUUGGCUUUCAAUCGUCAAACGAGAAUGUUGGCUGACUUAACUUUGGUGCAUUGUUAUGAUAUGACCAAGAUGCCGAAAGAGAAACGGGACAGUAUACUGUUGGAAAGUGCUAAAAACACAUUGAGGACGAUGAGCUUCUACGGGUUACAGAAUAGAAUGGCAGAGUCUCAGGAACUCUUUGAGAGAACUUUUAAGUUAAGGUAAGGGUUUUGAUAAGAUUUAUGGAUUAUUAUAUUCCAGGUCAAAAAUAGUAAAAUGUUCUUAUAGAAGUUUUUUAUUUGGUUUAUAAAACAUACUUCAGGUUUACGAAAAGUCUUGCCAAUUGGACUAAAAGCAAAUCAGAUGACACGGUGAUAACACCACUUCAAUUGAACGCCAUAUUAGAAUUGAAUCACUUAGAUGUAGAAUUGUACAAAUUUGCAGAGAAACUCUUUAAAAAACGACUCAAUACAGUUAGGUCGGGUCAAAACAGCUUACAAUAAUGAUCUUCAUUGCUACAACUUGCCAUAAUAUUGUAUAUAGUACUUGUUAAUAAAUUGCUAUUUUAUGUUUGAGGUUCUUAUUUUGGUUUUUUCCAUUAUUAUUAGUUGUUUCUGCUAAAAUAAGUAAUAUCAUAAUAUACUUUACAUCAAAACGUUUGCUUUAUGUAUAUUUUAUGUCAUUAAUUUAAAGUAUAUUAUCUAUAGCAUGCAGAGGAGUCGUCCGGUGGCCAUAUUGGACAAGUCUUUGAGCAAAGGAAAGAAUGAGGUAUGAUAAGUUAUUAAAAAUUUUCAUGUUAAAUAAUUACAAUAACUAUGUAAAAAAAUAAUAGUUUACAUGGUGUUAGUUUGUCGAAAAUUAUGUUUUAGAUCAAUUUGUCGACGUUUGCCUUCCUUUUCGCGGAAAUGGUGAGAUAUGCACAGGGAAAGUCAAAGUCGGUUCAGGAAUUGGAGGACAAUCUGGCGAAGUACGGUAAAUUUGUGGGCGACAGACUUCUGGAUGUGAUAAUGCUACGGGAAAAGGGCUACAAGAGGGACACCAAGUUGGUAAAUGCUCUGAUGUUCAUCAGGAGCACGUUGUGGAAGAGUUUGUUCGGAGAAGAGGCAGAUAAACUAGAAAGGAGCACUGAGAAUCCUUGCCAUUGUAGGUUUUUUGUGUCGCAUAUAUUAUAAUUAGACUUUCAGAUUAUUUGAUUGAGAAAGAAUCUCUGGUUAACACCUACAUAUCACUGCCCAAAGAUAAGGUAUCACUCAAUUGUGCUUCUUUUACUGCUGGUAUUAUAGAAGCGUUUUUAAGUGUAAGUUUUUUUAAAUGUGAUUGUUGUCACAUCUAUUUUAUCAUUUCCAUUGCAAAGAGAGUAAUUUUUGUACUUUUUACGAAUAUUUCUUUGCCUUUUCAGGGUAACAACUUCCCUUGCAAAGUCUCGGCUCACUGGCAUAUGGGCACGGCAUAUUUAAUAGAGUUUGACCAAGAAGUGAUCAACCGAGACAGUAAUCCUAUUGAAAACCGAUAA